AUGUUAAUUUAUAAGAAAGCAACUCCUUAGGGUAUAAAAUGAUGAAAUAUUUAGAACUUCAAAAGUAUAGAGAUGAUUAGGUAAAAAAUUGGAAAAAGGAGAAGGAUUUAUAGAGAUUAACAGAAAGCUAAGUCAAUUAAAUGAUGGAUUUAUUUCUUUUGUUUGCUAGUCAACGUACAUUUACAAUAAGAGUAUGAUGUAUUUAAUGAUAUGCAGACAAAAGAUGUAGAAGCCUAAAAUACUUUAUUGAGAGUGAAUGAAGAAUCAACUUUAUUUUAGAAUGUAUUAUCAAAAAUGAUUCUCAUUGAUGAUGAUUUAAAUUUUAUUAGCUUUUUAAAACUCUAUUUAUAAUGCAUUGUAUUAUUAAGAUGUAUAUUAUUAUAUAGGGUGAAGCUUAAUAAGAAGAAUAAUUAUAGUAAUUAUUUACAACAAUGAGUUAAAAAGGGUCAAUCAAUUUAGAAGACUUAAAGAGACUAGCUAAAGAGUUAGAUCACUAUCAUCUUAAAGAUGAAGACUUAAGUGAAAUAUUGAAAGUGACUUCUGCUAAUGGGCAAGAAAUUACAUAAGAAGAUUUUAUAAGAUUUUAUACACAGAUAGUGAAAAGUUAAA